CGGACGCCUGUUGUUGCUAGCAAUGCUAAUGCCCUCCGUUUACUAGUAACUGUGACUAUAUAACUAUAACUAACUACAAAUAACAAAAUAACAACCAAUGUCGCAGACUACUUUAGGGGUAACGUACUGAAAGAAGUGUUGGAAUUCUGCAGCCCACCAAAGAAGAUGCCUUUGCUAGUGACAGACCACUCCUGGACACAAACAGAGUCAAUGGUUUAUAUUAGUGUUCCGCUGAAAGGAGCCACCAAGGUAGACAUUUUGUCAUCAGACGAGUACCUGAAGGUUCAUUUCCCACCGUUUCUGUUGGAGGUCUUUCUGUCUGAGCUUGUUGAUGACGAGCAAAGCUUAGCAAAGAUUGGAAAUGGAGUCGCAGUCAUCAGUUUGUCAAAAAGGACCAACAAACUGUGGGAGCAUCUGGCAAUCAGCACAUAUGAUAAAGAAACAAAGAAGGAAAUCCGAGUCAGGGCUCUGUCCAAAAUGGAGGAAAAACUCGCUGCCGAAGCCCAAAGUAGAUCGGAGAAAAAGCAUAAAGAAAAGAAGUAUGCUCUGAAGACAAUGAUGAAUAUUGAAAAGGAUGAGCGAGAAAAAAUCCAGAAAAUGAAGGAUGACGAAAGAGCGGCAACCACCGCUGAACUCGAAGCGUGGCAACUGAAGGAGAAGAAGAAGAAGAAGGAAGAAGCCCAACUAAAAGUCCGGAGUCAGACAUGCAAUGCGAAUAAAGGAAAAGAUAUUAAAGAGAACUUUGGCGGAGGCGGGUCAGGUGGAACAAAGGUCAUAUUUGAUAAAAGAAGUGCCAAUGAAGAUCAGCGCAAGAAGAAAUGCACGGAUCUCCCUGCUCCGAGACGUCUGGGAAACAUUGAGGUCUCGUUCACUCCUCGAGUUUUCCCAACAGCCCUCAGAGAGUCAAGAGUCGCUGAGGAAGAGGAGUGGCUGAAUAAACAAGCAGAGGCCAGACGUGCGGUCAAUGCAGAUGUCGAAGAACUGAACGACUUAACUGAGGAAGAGCGAAAUCCGGAUUGGUUGAAAGAGAAAGGAAACAAAUGUUUUGCAGCUGGAAACUACCUCAGCGCUCUGAACGCCUACAACUUGGCUAUCAGACUCAACAGAAAGAUCCCGGCUCUGUAUUCAAACAGGGCUGCGUGUCAUCUGAAGUUACGGAACCUUCACAAAGCCAUUGAGGACUCCUCUAAGGCCCUCGAACUGCUGACUCCAGCCGUCGCUGCCAAUGCUGCUGCUCGAGCCAGAGCCCAUGUGCGCCGAGGUUCUGCUUUCUGCCAGCUAGAGCUCUAUACGGAAGGACUCCAAGAAUACCAAGCUGCCCUGAAGAUUGACCCCAACAAUGAGCCACUGCAAGCUGACACACAAAAGAUCCGGGACAUCAUACAAGGCAGUGCAUCAUAGACUGUCAUAGUGAGACAAUUUUUGUUCUUGCAAUUUUUUGACAAUUUUUUUGAUGUGACAUAAGCUAUGAAAAUUACAGUUACAAAAAUGAAUAGCUUUAUGACAUUUUCAUUUUGUAAUAAUAAGCUCUUACACGCAAUAAAGUGGUGGAGACGCACUGCUUUAUUGUAAUCUAUGUGAGUGAUGACCAGCUAUCAAAUCUGCCACCAGGGGGCAGCAAAUUAUCACAAACAGUGGCUUACCCCUUCAGACAUUUGACCUGAAGCCACCACUUACUCCUGCACACUUAACAUUUAUCUUCAUUAAUUUGAAAUAUUUAACAUAAUUAAUUGUUUCAUGGGCUGCAUGGCUUACGAGUGGUUAGCGCACAGACCUCACAGCGAGGAGACCCGAGUUCAAUCUCACCCUUGGCCAUCUCUGUGUGGAGUUUGCAUGUUCUCCCCGAGUUUUUUUCCCCGGGUACUCCGGUUUCCUCCCACAUUCCAAAAACAUGCUAGGUUAAUUGGCGACUCCAAAUCAUCCAUAGGUAUGAAUGUGAGUGUGAAUGGUUGUUUGUCUAUAUGUGCCCUGUGAUUGGCUGGCGACCAGUCCAGGGUGUACCCCGCCUCUUGCCCGAAGAUGGCUGGGAUAGGCUCCAGCACCCCCGCGACCCUCGUGAGCGGUAGAAAACGAAUGAAUGUUUACAUGACCUUUGACACUGUAUGACUACUGAUGAUACUUCCAUGGUAUGUCUGAGAUUCCUCAUUCUGUGUGGAAGUGGUAAGUUUUUUAUGUGAGGAUAAGUGGUAGAAAAUGAAUGAAUGAAUGAAUUGUUUCAUUAAUUUUUAUAGUAAUUCCGUGGCAUUUUGCAUGGUUGCAUUUUGGAAUACAUGAUGUAUGACAUAUGACAGUUCCACAUGUCCAAAAGGAGUAGGAAGAAGCAAAGUUUAUUUAAUCCUACCCCCCCCCUAAAAAAAAAACAGUUUUAAUGUAAUGAUGUGAUAAAUAGUAGAAUAAAUAGUAGUCAAGUUUCAAAUUUAGUCACAUUUUUUGUCACUGAUUUGAAAAUCCUAGUGAAUAAUAUGAAAUAUAUUACUUGUAUGAUGCGUUCAAAUACUUCCAAUCACUCAAUUUAAUUUGUUCAGGACUUUUUUUUCAUAUCCUUUCUCUGUUUAAAGUGUAGUGUUGUACAAUGAUUUCCUGCACUGUAUGCAUAAUAAUGGCUAGAGUGUUAACUACAGCCACAUAAUACCUAUUCCACUCUUUGCAUUAUUAUUUACAAAUGAAGGGAUUUGAAACGAUUACUUUCCUUUGUUCUGUUCCCAAGGCACUCGUGUGUGCAUCUGAAGUCAGGGAUUGAGUUUUUGAACGAUUAGGUCCCACAGAAGGUCGGUGAAAGAAACUUGAUGGGACCCACCAGCUAUAAAUUGAGAAGAAAAAAAAAAGUGAUGUAUCACUUCAUAAUAGUUGUUUGUUCUGGCACU